GAAACAAAAAGUAAGCGAGGUCAUUUGUGUCAUAUCACAAUACGCAGAGAUUAGCACGUGAUGGAACAAAAUAAAAGCAGGAACCAGGAACUCAAAACGUCGAUCAUCAUCUCCUCUACAGACCACCAGAAGUGUAGCUGAAAGAGAGUGCACAGGCCAUGAUGUUCGGGAGCUUGCUGUUUGUCGUGUGUUGUAGCACAGCACUGGCCUAUUUCAACACAAAUCUAGACCAGCACUGGGAGCUGUGGAAGAAGACCCAUAAGAAGUUUUACUCCAGUAAAGUUGAAGAACUGGGCAGGAGGGAGCUAUGGGAGAGAAACAUUCAACUUAUCACUCUUCACAAUCUAGAAGCCUCCAUGGGCCUGCAUUCAUAUGACCUGGGCAUGAACCACAUGGGUGACAUGACACCAGAGGAGAUCCUGCAAUCAUUCGCCACAACCCGUAUCCCUCUUAACCUGAAGAGACAAACAGCAAGUUUCGUGGGCUCCUCUGGGGCUCCUGUCCCAGACUCUCUGGACUGGAGAGAGAAGGGAUAUGUCUCCAGUGUGAAGAUGCAGGGUGCCUGUGGUUCAUGUUGGGCAUUCAGCUCCGUCGGGGCUCUUGAAGGUCAGUUGAUGAAAACCACAGGAAAGCUGGUGGACCUCAGUCCUCAGAAUCUGGUGGACUGUUCCUCCAGAUACGGCAACAAGGGCUGCAGCGGCGGUUUUAUGAGUUCUGCCUUCCAGUAUGUUAUUGAUAAUGGGGGAAUAGAUUCAGAGUCAUCGUACCCUUAUGAAGGAGUGCAAGGGCAGUGCAGAUACAAUCCAUCCCAGCAUGCAGCAAACUGCACCAAGUACUAUUUCGUCCGUCAGGGAGAUGAGGAGGCCCUGAAGCAGGCUGUUGCCAACGUCGGACCCAUUUCAGUGGCCAUCGACGCCACCCGCCCUCAGUUUAUCCUGUACCGUAGUGGCGUUUACAAUGACCCAACAUGUACAAAAAAAGUAAACCACGCAGUGCUGGCUGUGGGAUAUGGUGCUACUGCUGGACAGGACUUUUGGCUGGUCAAAAACAGUUGGGGUACUGGAUUUGGAGAUGGUGGCUACAUCCGUAUAGCCAGAAACAAGAACAACAUGUGUGGCAUCGCCUCGUAUGCCUGUUAUCCAGUUAUGUAACUGCAACACUUCUAAAAUAAGUUUUAAUCUAAUUUCUUUGUAAAUGCAUGUUCUAUAUGUGGGUUUUAUUAAUUUUUUUGAUUAUGCCUUAAUGUUUUAUGACUCUUACAAAAUAAAUGUAUUUUAUCCA